AUGGCAGCUCAAGCAAAAUACACCCUUCCAGAUCUCCCAUACAAGCAUGAUGCCCUCGAACCCCACAUUAGCGCCCAAAUCAUGACCCUUCACCACACCAAGCACCAUCAAACCUGUGUCAACAACCUCAACGCUGCCCUCUCCUCCCUUUCCACAGCAGUCGCAAAGAAUGACAUCGUCUCCCAACUCCACCUCCAGCAAAACAUCAACUUCAACGCCGGGGGCCACGUAAACCACACCCUCUUCUGGGAGAACCUGAUCCCCGCCUCAUCCCCCUCCACCUCACCAUCCGCAGCACCCAAGCUCUCUGCCGCCCUAACCUCUCGAUUCGGCUCCGUUGAGAAGCUCCAGGAGAAGUUCAAUGCUGUGCUUCUCGGACUGAAGUGUUCAGGCUGGGGAUGGCUCGUUCGGGAUAUCGAGAGUGGAAACUUGGAGCUCACGACGAGUAAGGAUCAGGAUAUUGUGCCAGUGGGAAAGAAGCCAUUGUUGGGGAUUGAUAUGUGGGAGCAUGCUUAUUAUUUGCAAUAUCUGAAUGACAAGGGAAGCUAUGCUAAGGGUAUCUGGAAGGUGGUGAACUGGAAGAAGGUCGAGGAGAGAUUUGAGAGUUCGCCUGAGGGUGUCUUUGGGAUUUUGUCGGGCUUGAGAAGCAGUAUCUAG